AUGGUCGGUUUCAUUGACAAGUUGAAGCAGCAGUUAGAAAUUUGGAAAAUCGAAAAGUAUACCAAACGACGAGCUUUCCUUCCCGAGUACGACUCAAAAGAUAAGGAGUACUAUGAAAGAUAUUAUCGAGAUGGCGUUUACUACGCAGCAACAGAUAACGUGCCACCUUUACCGAGUGAGCAAGCUGGUAAUAAGCUCAAAGCAUUACAAAGAGCACCCUCCGUCGCCACCAAAAGAGCCAGUACUUUGCUUCGACGAUCCACCACCACAAGCAGGGGACGUGGUACUCCUGCACCGCGUUGUUCUGAAACCUACAAUACUCAUUUUCCAUAA